CGCACACGGCAUUGUGGCAAUGAAUCCGGAGCAGUUUAAUUUAAAUCGAAAUGAUUUGGGAACUAUCGUCAAACGGCACUUUGGCAAUCCGAAGCUGCAGUUUAAAAUCGAAUCGCCGGAAGUGGCCCCCUUCAGUGCUAGUCGCGUUGGAUAUCUCGGGGACCAUUUCUUCCUCAAACUGAAAGUGAUACUGGACGAAGGAAAGCGAGAAGAGGACCUGAAGCUGUUCUUGAAAAUCCUCCCGACAGCCAUUCCGACGCUAACCACCUAUCUAGAAGGCAUCGGUACAUUCCGAAAAGAAGUUCGUCUCUACAGCGACCUAUUUCCAUUGAUGGGUCAAUUCACACGAUUCGCACCGAAGGCUUAUCUGGCGAAAGACGACCGGUUAUUGGUCUUUGAGAAUUUGGCACUGGAAGAUUUUCGAACCAUCGGCGGCGCUGACAUGGGAAUAUUCGAUAAGGCACACUUGGAGCAAGCGCUGAAAGCGUUGGCCAGAUUUCAUUGCGCUUCGUUGAUGCUGGAAACGAAAACCGGACGCUCAUUGGUCGAGCUUAGCCCAGGAGCGUUAGAUGAAAACUGCUGGAUUUUGAAGGAUGCAAAUCCGCGGGUGGAGGAGUUGGAAAAUGCAAUCCAAGUUUUGUGUGAGCUUGUGAAAGUGGUGGAAAAGGAUAACGAAAAGUUGACUGCAAUUCUGGAAAAAAUGCCGAAAUUUAUGCUACAAAUCUACGACCUGGUGAAGCCAUCGGAUAGAUAUCGAAACGUUGCCUGCCACGGUGACCUGUGGGGUAGUAAUCUGAUGUUCAAAUACUCGGAGGCAGGUCUUCCCGUGGAUUGUUUGAUUGUUGAUUUCCAGUUUGCUCGCUACGCACCUCCGGCGUACGAUGUGAACAUGCUGAUUACUCUGACGACCACUGGAGAUUUUCGGAAAGCGCACUACCAAGAGCUAAUUGACCUGUACUAUAGUGCAGUUCGACAAGAGUUCAUUGCCCAGUGCCUUUCUCCCGAGGAGAUUUUCCCUGAGCGACUGUUCCGGGAGUCAUGCGCGAGGUACAAGGUAUCCGGAAUGAUCGACAACUUUCUAAUGAAUCAUGUUACGCUACUGCCGAGAAACUGUGUGGAUAUGAUUUUUUCAUCGCCGGAAGAGUACAACAACUUUAGCGGAGAUGACAAGAUACGGAUGUGUUUGGGAGUUUUGAACAAUGAUGCCAAGUACAGGGCAAGGAUAUCCGGGAUCAUCCGAGACCUUAUUGAAAUGCUUUGAAAAUUGAGAUUUAGUGCCGUACAUUCCACGCGUGAAGACAUUCCAUUUAAAAGUUUAAGAUU